GGAGGCACGAAAAGCCGAGCAGCCAGGGAGACGCGCGAGCCUCGCCAGCCCGCCAAGAUGUUCGAAACGUCGCUUCCAGUUUCCUUCCUCUGCCUUCUCGCCUUCUCUUCGGCUUGCUACAUCCAGAACUGUCCUCGAGGAGGGAAGAGAGCAUUCCCGGACACGGAGAUCAGACAGUGUAUCCCCUGCGGCCCCGGGAACAAAGGCAAUUGCUUCGGCCCCAACAUCUGCUGCGGAGAGGAGCUGGGCUGUUACUUCGGCACCUCUGAAACCCUGCGUUGCCUGGAAGAAAAUUACCUGCCUUCUCCGUGCGAGGCUGGAGGGAAGCCCUGUGGUGCAGGUGGAAGAUGCGCAGCGUCCGGCAUUUGCUGCAAUGAUGAGAGUUGCACCGUAGAUGCCGGCUGCAUGGACGACGGCAGCGACCGAAGUCGAUGGCCUUCCGAAAGGAACCUGACCGUGCUGGAUGGCUCGACCGGGGACUUACUUCUCAAGCUGGUGCACUUGGCAAAUGCAAACAGGCAGCAGCCAGCCAAGCAGCCAUUUUACUGA